AUGACCCCUGAUGUCCUUCACCAGCUGUAUCAGGGAAUAUUCAAAUACAUGGUUGCCUGGUGUGAUUACUUCCUGCACCCCUUAGAGUUAGAUUCUAGGAUGAAAAAUGGAUGGAGCGAGCUCUCCCAGAUCUCUGGUAGAGAGAGAAAAGAGAUGGCACACAUCUUACUGGGAUGCUUAGUAGGAAAGGUUCCUAGAAGGGUCAUACUUGCCUAUCACUCCUUACUAGACUUCAUCUAUUUAGCCCAGUACCCCACCCAUGACAAUCACACCCCUAUGCUUAUUGAGCUGGGCAUACGUGACCGCUUCAAUAUUCCCAAAAUACACAGCCUCACCCACUAUAUCAACUCUAUAUGCAUGUUUGGUGCAAUGGACAAUUACAAUACUGAGGCUUUUGAGUGCCUCCAUAUUGAUUUUACCAAGGAUACCUGGAGGGCUACCAAUACAAGGGAUGAGCGCCCACAAAUGGCUUCCUGGCUGGAUAGGUAUGAGAAGGUGUCAUCUUUCCAGCUAUACUUGGAUAGCCCCAUCAUUAUGGUAAAUUGCUUCAAAAUAUCAUAG